AUGCCUGAUGACUAUGAAGUGCCGGAGGGAGAUGUCCUGAAAGGGACUGACAUCGAGCCGUGUGAACCUGUGUCGGGAGCAGGUACCGAGGCGAAUCCCUUUAUCUUUCAAGUGAAGCUCAACUAUUUCGUCUCUUCCACUGGAUACUUCUCAUUCACCAACUGCAAGGGAUCGCAAAGGCCAACGAUCAAGAUCAGGGCCAACUCAACGUACAAGUUUGUUCAGACUGAGAAGACAAACUGGCUACAUCCCCUCGGGUUUGCCUACGGCCCUGAUGGAGCCCAUGACGGGAGGGAUGAGUUGGAGCCGGGAGUGAAGCCCCCGGGCAGCAAGUCAAAAUGCGAUGAGUCCAAGACAUGUCAGAGCCCCAGGUAUCACGGAGGCAAGAGCGGGGACGUCUUCCUCGGACGCACGGGCCUUCUCUCCACCCCCGAGGAUCCGUAUGCGGGGAUGGGCGACGGUGAGUUCGGGCUGGAAACUUACGAGAGUCACUUCCAAGAUCACAGCCUGAGCUUGUGGGCGAGGAACAAGUACAGCGUCUUGCUACGGAUCGAGGAUGAAGCAACGGCGGAGAUCUACUACUUCUGCCACGUCCACAGAGCAAGAUGGAUGAGCGGCAAAAUCAUCGUCGUCAACCCGGACGGAACCCCACGUAAGAAUCAGCAGGACGUCGUGCUGUACAGCCCGACGGUGCUGAGCAGGGACGAUGAAGUGUGCGGGACACCCCCAGCUCCGGAGUACGGGGACAACGAUGGCCCGGCCAAGUUCAUAGGGAAGUGCGAGACGAAGGCCCUGUGCGGUCCUGCAACGACCUUCAAGAGGUGCAUGGAGGGGGUGGACUGUCACAUGAACUACAACAUGCGGGUCACUCAUACCGACGACCCGAUAUCCACCUUCAUGCGGCAGAUGAUCCCCCACCAUCAGAACGCGGUGAACAUGGCGAAGGUCGUGUUGAAGUUGGACAAAGAGCACGUGCGGGAUGUGGACAAACAGCUCGGGGGUGACGCGUUUGUGGAAAACCUUCUGCUUGACAUCAUCAACACGCAGAACAUGCAGAUCAUGAUGAUGCACAGUUACCUGGUAUGGAAGACAAAGCAAGGAGAGCCGGAGGUGUAUGAUCAAGAGUGCGCUGAGAAGCUGCAAGACAAGAACCUCAUCGUCUGGGCCUUUGCCUGCGUUGGUUUGUGCAUCGGAGGGAUACUGAGCACGGCGUCGUGGUACGUCUUUUGGCGACGACAGAGGCAUGGACAAGGCAAAGAUAAGUACAGCCUCGUUCAAGCGACCGCAAGUGUUUCUGCCGUAGCGCCUGCCAGUCAAGUUCAAGUCUCUUGUCAGGGAGAAGCCACAAGUGAGGAGGUGGAUAUUGCUUUAGCUUAA